CCGAAAUGAGCGGCCGUCAAGAUAGAAUCGAGAACUUCUUUAGUGCUCCUAAUAACAUUAACAUGCUUCAAUCCAACUUUUGUGAUGAGAUCCUACCUCCUCUGCUCAACAUCGCAUCUUCCAGUCGCCCAUCAUACCGUCUUUUGGAAGCAAUCAUUCAAAUUCCAUCCUCUUCUCACUUACCAGACCACCCCUGUUGCCGUUUUGUGAUUGCUGUCCUCAAUCAAUGGGCUACAGUGUGGUUCGAAUUAUUAAGGCAGGCUAUGGGCGAGCUUGUGUCUGCAGUACUUGAUGUGAUUGAAAGUGAAAUGGAUGAUACAGACGAAGACAGAAACAUGGCAGAAAGUAUCGGGAGCCAGUGUGUAGUGCUUUUGACAAAUUGGUGGAUGAAAUCUCAUCGAUCUCAAGCAGCAGAUGACCUCUUGCAAGAUCGUGCAUUAAUUCUGCAAGUGAUGCAGCUAGGUGGUUUAGUAGGAAAACCUUGCCCAAAAGAGUGGUCCCAUGUUGAUAAUAAUCGAAAGAAGCGAGGAAUCAUGGUCGAUUCUGAUGAAUCUGAAUAAUAGCUAAUAACAACAAUACAAAUAAUCAUAGUCAUAGUCAUAAUAUUAGUAAUAUACAUAUAGCAAAACGGGUCCAAAAGAGUAUGUAAUUGAAAAAUAAUAAUCAUAAUAUUGU